AUGGCGGUGAUCAGGGGGCAAGGCCAAGAUGGGCGCGUGCAUGGGCGUUCGAUUGCGCCGCCUCGAAGCGCUAAGCAACCGCACAGGAACGACGACGCCAGAUCCAGCGCCCUCACCUGCAACGAGGCUCGAGCUCGACAGCACAUGGUUGCAACGCGCAACGCCUUGCUUGGCACCACUCAGCUCUCAGUAGUCUACAGCAACAGCUGUUCGAAUUGGUCCAAGGUGAGCGGAGAUGAGCAGCAGAAGCAGCAGCAGCGUCGGAAGAGCGUGCCCAACAGGCCGCGCGGUGAGACCGACACUGGCGAGGUGCGGGAUCGACGAGAUGCAUGGCUUCGGACACUCCGACCCCAGUCGAUUCGCCAGCGCGGGCCGACCGACGACGCGUUGCUGCUGGCGGCGGAGCGGGCGCGAAUCCAGUGUUGCGCAGAGAUGCACGCUGCACCGCUGGCGCCGAGGCUGUUGACGCGAGCCGACACGGCUGGGAUGCCUCGAGCUGCACGUCUGCGCAUGCGCCUCGGUUGCGCCGACGAGGGCAGACCAAUGCAGAUCAACGCAGAUCAACGCGUGUUUUUCUCGCUUCCUCUCGCCAAUGCCACAAUGCCACAAUGCCAGAAUGCCACACUUGAGCCUGCAGAUGCCAAGUUUGUCGAUCAUCGCCAUCCCUUCCUUUGCCGUACGUCAGUCAAACAGCUUCGACGGGCGCAGAGGCUGCCCUUUGACAACGUCCAAGAUGGGCAGGUCGGAUCACCCGCGCAGCAACACACUGUCGCUGCGCUGCCGUUGCUCUCUUUGCGCUCCGCUCCUGCGCUCCUUUCGCUCGAGUUCGAAAGGCGAGCCAUGCUCAACGCCUCUUGA